GUUCUGAUUGAGAGUAAACAGAUGAGAAAAGAAGCUGAUGAUUCAGGCCCACUGACUGAACUGGAGCACUGGAAAUAUAUGUCUGCUAAAUUUAGUUUUCUUAUAGAGCAGAUCAAAGGACCAGACUGCAAAGCUGUUAUUAAUGUUCUAAAUGUUGGACGUUCUAAACUACUAAGGAUGUGGCGAGAGUUAGAUGCCAGAAUCACAGAUGCAGCAAAUGAAUCGAAAGAUAAUGUGAAAUACUUAUACACACUUCAAAAAGUUUGUCAGCCACUUUACAACUGUGAUGUUGUAUUAAUGACACAUGAAAUACCAAAUUUGAUAAAUGCUAUACGAACGAUUCACAGUGUUUCAAGAUAUUACAAUACUUCUGAGAGAAUGACAUCAUUGUUUAUAAAGGUUACAAAUCAAAUGGUCAUUAUGUGUAAAGCAUAUAUUACAGAUGGGGGCUUGUCUCAUGUCUGGGACCAGGAAACAUCAACAGCCAUUGGAAAAAUAAAGGACUGCUUGUUUCUAUUAAAAGAAUAUCAGAAAUGCUUUCAUGAAACAAAGAAAGAGAUUGUGGAAACUCUAGGAGAAAAGACAUUUGAAGUAUCGGAAAUGUACAUUUUUGGAAAAUCUGAAGCGUUUUGUAGGAGAUUAGAAAAAAUUACAAAGAUGAUAACUGUAGUACAAACUUUUUGUGCACUGAGUCUGUCUACCAUCAAAGGGAUAGAUAUUCUAGCAGUAAAAUUCAAAAACAUCCACCGAAGUGUUCAAAAGAAACAAUAUGACUUACUUGAUCCAAGAAAAACAGAAUUUGAUGUGGAUUUUGAGAACUUCAUGGCAAAAAUUGAAGGUUUAGAGAUACAGAUACAGACAUUUAUGCGUACCUGUUUUGGAAGAAUUUUGUCUUCACAGCAUGCACUUCAGUUACUUCAAAGGUUUGAAAAUCUGAGAAUGCCAUGCCUUCAAGAAGAAACAGCACACACAGUUGGUUGUAUUCUUCAGCGUUAUGUAGCAGAACUUGAAGCUACUAAAAAGCUUUACCAAACUCAGAAGGAUGACCCUCCUCUUGCUCGAAACAUGCCACCUGUUGCAGGAAAGAUACUGUGGGUGAGACAGCUAUUCAGAAGGAUAAAUGAACCGAUAAACUAUUUCCAUAAAAAGUCAAAGAUCUUGGCAAGUCCAGAAGGUAAAGCAGUUGUUCGAUUAUACAACAGGAUUGCCUAUGUAUUGGUGAAAUUCGAGAUAGUCUAUCAUAAUGCGUGGAUGAAGGAAAUAUCAAAAUUACAAUAUCCCUUACAAGCCACAAUAUUUGCUCGUCAUCCUCAAACUGGGAAGUUCCUGAUUAAUUUUGAUCCCGAAAUUUCAGAGAUUGUCCGAGAGACUAAAUGUAUGAUAAAGCUGGGUCUGGAAGUACCGGAGCAAGCAAAAAAUAUAGCAAAAAUAGAAAAUAACCUGAAGUCCAACAAAUUGCGUUUAGAGGGUGUUCUCCAAUGUUAUGAAGAUUUGAGUCAAGAAACACCAAUGAUUUUUGUAAAUCUAUUGGCACCAAAAAUGAAAGAGGUGGAAGCUGUGUUGAGGCAAGGACUUACCAUGUUGACUUGGUCAUCUGUGACACUGGAGAAUUUCUUUCAAGAAGCUGAUCAAGUUCUGUAUAUAUUUAAACAGUUUUUGAAGAAGAUUAAUGAUUUAACUGAAGUGCGGAUUAAUUUAAUAUUAAAAGAAAUAGCAAAUACUCUUUUAAUUGUCUUACCAGUAGAUGGUCCUAUGAAAGUAGAGGAUAUGUUGACCUGCAAUGAGACUUAUACUAAAGAAUGUGCUGAGUUAUUGAACCACAAAAGCAUGCACAUUGAAGAUGCUGUUCAAGAACUAACAUCUGUAUUUGAAAAGGAUUAUGAAAUUAAAUAUUCCAAGAGAACCUCAGAAAAACAUGUAUUACCAGUAAAAGAAAAGCAUAUAGCAUUUAGAAAUAAUGAAGAGGAGAGAGAAAGUACUUCUUCAGCUCUUCAUGACGAUAAUAGCAAGGGCAACGAUAAAGAAGAGUUUAAAAAGAAAUGCAAAGAGAUGGUUGCCUAUUUCAGUCACCAGCUGCUAGGCAGCCUCCAGAAAGCCACCCGACUGUCCUUGGAGAGUCUUAAAAAAAGAAUAUUUGUUUCAAACAAAUCUACAUUUGGGAGAACAAAGUUUUCUGGUUUUCCAAGCAAGUCUGAAGAAUUUGCUUCUUUUGUAAAAGCAGAAGUACACCUUGCUAUUCCCAAUGUGGUAAUGGUUCCCAGUUUAGACGAUAUACAGCAAGCCAUCAAUCGCAUGAUUGAGUUAAUACUGGAAGUAAGUUGUGGAGUUGCUCAGUGGGGACAGAAACGUUUGCAAAAAUCUAGUUUAAAAGUGGAAUCAGUCGCACAGCAACUAUCUUCAGUAGGCUUUGGAUCAUCAGGAAAAAUAGCCAAAAAAAGGCAAAAAGGAGUUGAAGAUGGGCUUGUCAGAAAGCUAAGAAAUUUUUACUCAGGUGUUGAAGAACAUGAAGAUAUUUCUAAAUUAGUUGCGCUCCUCUCUUCUUCUGUGAAUUCUAUUAGAGAAGUAGCUAAUGAAGUUCUACAGGACUUUCAGAAAUAUAAGGUGCUGUGGACAGAAGAUAGAGAUGCCAAAAUUCAGCAAUUUUUGGCUAGCUGUCCAUCUCUGACUGAAAUUAAAGAAGAAAUUCUUCACUAUGCUAUGUUUGAGCAAGAGAUGGAGGAUUUAAAACCUAUUAUUCUUCUUGGUCCAAUUGAGUUGCAUACAGGACCGCUGAAAAUAGCUUUAGCAAUUGAAGCCAAAGCCUGGAAGAUGCUCCUUUGUCAUUAUUUAAAUGAGGAAUAUAAAAAGAAAAUGACAGACAUGAUGUCAUUCAUAAAUGAAUAUUUAAAGAAGUUGUCUCGACCCCUGCAUGACUUAGAUGACGUCAGAUUUGCAAUGGAAGCUUUAUCUAUCAUACGUGAUAAUACAAUACACAUGGAUAUGACUCUGGGACCUAUUGAAGAAGCCUAUGCUGUUUUAAAUACAUUUGAAUUUGAGGUUACAAAGGAAGAAUCAGAAGGAGUUGAUACACUCAGAUACUCUUUUAAUAAAUUACAGACCAAAGCUACCAAAGUUCAAGAUCAGUUGUUUCAAGUUCAGCCCAACUUUAAGAGUAAUUUGCUAGAAUCAAUUGCAGUUUUUCAAGAGGAUGUGUCAAACUUUGAAAUGUCAUAUGAAACGGAAGGACCUAUGGUUCCAACUAUUUCACCUCAGGAAGCCAGUAGAAGGCUACAGAUCUUUCAGGCUAACUUUGAUGAGCUUUGGAGAAAGUUUACCACGUACUCAUCUGGUGAACAGUUGUUUGGAUUGCCUGUCACAGACUAUGAAGUUUUGCAUAAAGUCAGGAAGGAGUUAGGCAUGCUUCAGAAGUUGUAUGGGUUAUAUGAUACUGUAAUAAACAAUAUAAAUGGUUAUUAUGAUAUACUUUGGACAGAUGUAGAUAUUGAAAAAAUUAAUGCUGAACUUAUGGAUUUUCAGAACAGGUGCCAUAAACUGCCUAAAGGACUCCAACACUGGCAAGCAUUUUUAGAUCUCAAGAAAAAAAUUACUGAUUUUAGUGAGUCUUGUCCUUUGUUGGAAUUGAUGACUGACAAAGCAAUGAAGCAAAGACACUGGAAUCGUAUUGCUGAAACAACAGGACAUCAAUUUGAUAUAGAAUCUCAUUCCUUUUGCCUUCGAAACAUAAUGGAAGCACCAAUUCUUAAACAUAAAGAGGAUAUUGAGGAUAUAUGCAUAUCUGCUACAAAGGAAAAGGAUAUAGAAGCCAAACUAUCUCAAAUAGCUGACACUUGGGAAAGCCAAAUUCUGAGCUUUUCAUCAUUCAAAGGGAGAGGAGAAUUACUGUUAAAGGGAACAGAAUCAUCAGAAAUUAUAACGUUGAUGGAGGACAGUUUAGUAAUUCUUGGCUCUUUGCUGACCAAUAGAUACAAUACACCAUUUAAAAAGGAAAUUCAGAGCUGGAUUUCUAAACUAAGCAGCUCUACAGACAUAAUUGAAGAAUGGCUGGUUGUGCAGAACCUCUGGAUUUAUCUCGAAGCUGUUUUUGUAGGGGGAGAUAUCGCUAAACAGUUACCUCAGGAAGCAAAGCGUUUUCAGAAUAUUGACAAAUCAUGGAUAAGAAUAAUGCAACGAGCUCGUGAAAACCCAAAUGUAAUUAACUGCUGUGUUGGAGAUGAAACUAUGGAGCAACUUCUCCCUCGUUUACAUGAACAGUUGGAAAUAUGUCAGAAAUCACUUACAGGUUACUUAGAGAAGAAAAGACUACUGUUUCCCAGAUUCUUUUUUGUUUCUGAUCCUGUCCUUCUUGAAAUUCUUGGACAAGCAAGUGAUUCUCAUACAAUUCAGCCACAUCUGCCUUCCGUAACGGACAAUAUAAAUGAAGUAGACUUUCACCCAAAGGAUUAUGAUCGCAUACUGGCAGUCGUAUCAAGAGAAGGAGAAAAAAUUCCAUUAGACACUCCAGUGAUUGCAAAAGGACCAGUAGAACUUUGGUUGCAGGAUUUAUUACAUGUGCAGCAGAUUUCAUUGCAUGGCAUAAUUAGGGCAGCGUAUUACCAAAUUAGUGACCCAGGAUAUCAGUUGCUGAAUUUUCUUAAUCACUUUCCAGCACAGGUUGGAUUACUGGGAAUUCAAAUGUUGUGGACACAUGAUUCAGAAGAAGCUCUACAGAAUGCUAAAGAGGAUAGAAAAAUCAUGCAAGUAACCAGUGGGAGAUUUCUGGAGAUUCUAAAUGUGUUGAUUAGCCAGACCACACAUGAUCUUUCCAAGUUUGACAGAGUGAAAUUUGAAACGCUUAUUACCAUACAUGUGCAUCAGCGUGAUAUUUUUGAUGAUUUGGUAAAAAUGCACAUCAAAUCACCAACUGAUUUUGAAUGGUUAAAGCAGUCUAGAUUCUACUUUAAAGAGGAUUUAGAUCAAGUCUUGAUAUCCAUCACAGAUGUUGAUUUUGUUUACCAAAAUGAAUUUCUGGGUUGCACUGAUCGUCUGGUUAUAACACCUCUUACAGACAGGUGCUAUAUAACUUUAGCUCAGGCUUUGAAAAUGAAUAUGGGAGGAGCUCCAGCAGGACCAGCUGGAACUGGUAAAACAGAAACAACGAAAGACAUGGGAAAAGCUCUGGGAAAAUACGUAGUAGUCUUUAACUGCUCUGAUCAGAUGGACUUCAGAGGUUUGGGUAGGAUUUUCAAAGGUCUUGCACAGUCUGGAUCUUGGGGAUGUUUUGAUGAAUUCAACCGAAUUGAGUUACCUGUCUUGUCAGUAGCAGCACAACAAAUCUAUAUUAUUUUAACAGCAAGAAAAGAAAGAAAAAAACAGUUCAUUUUUUCUGAUGGAGACUGUGUAGAUUUAAAUCCAGAGUUUGGGAUUUUCCUAACAAUGAAUCCUGGAUAUGCUGGACGUCAAGAACUACCAGAAAAUCUCAAAAGUCAAUUUAGAACUGUUGCAAUGAUGGUUCCAGAUAGACAGAUAAUUAUAAGAGUUAAGCUUGCAAGUUACGGAUUUAUUGAUAAUGUGAUCUUGUCUCAGAAAUUCUUUGUUCUUUAUAAACUUUGCGAAGAGCAGCUCACUAAGCAGGUCCAUUAUGACUUUGGUCUGAGAAAUAUCCUUUCAGUACUGAGGACUCUUGGAUCUCAAAAGAGGGCCAGGCCAAAUGAAAGUGAAUUAAGUAUUGUUAUGAGAGGGCUAAGAGAUAUGAAUCUUUCUAAACUGAUAGAUGAAGAUGAGCCUUUGUUUCUCAGUCUUAUCAAUGAUCUCUUUCCGGGCUUACAGUUGGACAGUAGUACCUAUGCUGACCUUCAGGCUGCAGUAGCUAAUCAGGUUGAAGAGGCAGGAUUGAUUAACCAUCCACCAUGGAAUCUUAAGCUUGUUCAGUUGUAUGAAACUUCUCUAGUACGUCAUGGGUUGAUGACACUUGGACCUAGUGGAUCUGGAAAAACAACGGUCAUAACUAUAUUAAUGAGAGCACUGACAGAAUGCGGCCAACCUCAUAGAGAAAUGCGUAUGAAUCCCAAAGCUAUUACUGCUCCUCAAAUGUUUGGAAAACUAGAUGCUGUAAAUAAUGAUUGGACAGAUGGAAUCUUUUCUACACUGUGGAGGAAAACACUGAAAGCUAAAAAGGGUGAAAAUGUUUUUCUGAUUUUAGAUGGUCCUGUAGAUGCAAUUUGGAUUGAGAAUCUAAAUUCAGUUUUGGAUGAUAACAAGACCCUCACUUUAGCAAAUGGAGAUCGAAUUCCUAUGUCUCCUACAUGUAAACUGUUAUUUGAGGUCCACAACAUUGAGAAUGCCUCUCCUGCAACAGUUUCUCGAAUGGGUAUGGUCUACAUCAGUUCUUCUGCCCUCAGCUGGAGACCAAUAUUACAAGCAUGGCUGAAAAAACUUUCUUCUCAAGAAGCUGAAGUUUUACAAAGUUUAUAUGAUAGAAUCUUUGAACCAGCAUAUAAGUAUAUGAGACUAAACCUCAAUCCAAAAAUGGAACUUCUGGAAUGUAACUACAUUAUGCAGUCUAUCAAUCUUCUGGAAGGUUUGAUUCCAUCGAAGGAAGAAGGUGGUUUAUCAACUAUGUUUCAUCUGCAUAAAUUGUUCUGCUUUGCAAUAAUGUGGAGUUUAGGUGCCCUUCUGGAGUCUGACAGUAGAGAUAAACUUGAAGCCUUCAUUAGAACUCAUGAUAAAAAAUUAGACUUACCAGAAAUCUCCCCUGGCACCAGUCAAACGAUGUAUGAGUUUUAUGUUACUGAUUAUGGUGACUGGGAGCACUGGAAUAAAAGAGUUCAGGAAUAUAUUUAUCCAACUGAUAAUGUCCCAGACUAUGCAUCUAUUCUGGUUCCAAAUGUUGACAAUGUCAGAACUCAGUUUUUGAUAAACACAAUAGCAAAACAACAGAAAGCAGUUUUGCUCACGGGAGAACAGGGGACUGCAAAGACAGUCAUGAUUAAGGCGUAUGUGAAGAAAUAUGACCCAGAAGAACAUUUGUCAAAAUGUUUAAACUUUUCAUCUGCCACAGAACCAUUUAUGUUUCAG